AUGUGGGUCUUUAGUCACUUUUUUUUCCUUUGCCCCAAUUCCAAGCCAUCAUCCACGGUCAUGCAUCAUCGCCUUCGUCCUACUCCCCUGCAGGUCAUCAUGUAUGUGGCUGUGCAUCGCUCUGAUUGGCUGCCGCGGGUGGCAGUGGUGAAGGCGUACGGGGCACUUGAGACCUUCACCUUCACUCAAUGGGCGCCUCCGGACUGCCCGUUCCUGCUGCCCGCUACAGUGCACAGGUCAACAUCAGCAGGCGCGCAACAAUCAUUUACAUCUGCCCGAACCUCCUUACUGCCUCCCGGCCCUGCCCAUAUCCUGCUACAUGAGAGGGAACCUUCCGACUCUGAAUCCAAGGAAGCUUCUGAGGAACCUUCGCCCUUCUCAUUCUCAUACGACAUGCCGGGGUCCCACACAGUCCCCAGCCCGCUGAGCUGCUUCCCAGAAGCUUCCUUUGACGAGAGCGCACCGGAAGAGGUUGAGCUGUUUCAGUCCAACAGCGGGCAUCUGCUGGUGCGGCCACGAAUCAACGGCCAGGACGUGGGCUACUUCAUUCUGGAUUCAGGCGCCAGCUGUUUCACCAUCGAGCCGGCUGUAGCAGACGGGCUAGGCCUGUCCAGCUUCGGGUGUGUGCACACAGUGACAGUGCAUGGACCGGCAGAGUGUGCAUUCAGACGAGCGGACUCGGUUCAGCUAGGGCCUCUGUCCAUCAGCAACGCUCUAUUCGUUGAUGUGGGAGGAGCAGCGCUGGUGCAGGGAGUGAAGCCGGUGGUAGGGAUUUGCGGCUAUGACGUGUUCCGAGACGCAGUUGUGCACGUGCAGGCACGUGGGAGGAAGGGAACUCUCCGGCUAUACAAACCCCAAGAAUCACAUUCUUACUCGGAAGCAGGCAGCACAUUAGCAGGCAGCGCAGAGGAUGGCACAGGGGAAGUGGACAGAGGCGAAACAGGGGCGAUGAAAUCCGCUAAUUCCCUCUUGGAUGGGUCAGCAGCAACUGCUCCUGUGCCUCCUGGCGUUGCCAUGGCACAAAGACGGGGCAGAGGAGGGGCGAGAGGGGGAGGAGGGGCAGCAGGCAGGGCCGGGGGAGGGGUGGCAGUGGUGACUGCUGCUCUGGUUGGAGGCCACCCCUCUGUGCCUGAUCUUGGAGAUAAGAUCUACUGGGAGCCUCUGCGAAUGCUAGGCAGCGUGCCUCACAUCGCAAUCUCCUUUCAAGAGCACUGGGACUCGGCCCCCCACUCCGGCCUCUUCCUUCUCGACACCGGAGCAGCCGGGGUGGACAUAAUAUUCAACGCGCGGGCAGUGGAGCGGUGUCAGCUGGGGAGGAGGGCCAAAGGGGGGGACAGCUGGCUUAAAGGCAUGGGGGGCGCAGGUGGAGGGGGAGGUGGAGGACAGCAAAUGACGGUGCGGCAGGGCAACCUGGCAGUGGUGACAGUAGCAGGCCAGCAGCUCAAGAAUGUGUCAGCGCUGUUCUCCACAGCAGAACAAGGAGCCUUGGAGUUGUCGCAGUACACUAGCGGUUUGAUAUGCCGUAACUUACUUUCCAAGUUUGACUUAGUGAUCGACUACCCUGGGCUUCGGGUCGGCCUCAUUCCUCGAUCUUCCCGCAUGUCUAAGCUAUAG